AUGUUGACCACGAAGACUGCUGUUGCAAUUCUCGCAUUCACCGCUACCUCGGUGCUCGCCCAGGUCGAGCCAUGGUACCAAUGCGGUGGAAGCGGCUGGACCGGCGAGACCGACUGUGUUACUGGAUAUGAAUGUGUCGUUCAAAAUGAAUGGUACUCCAACUGCCUGAAGAGCGAGGAGACCUCUAGCAGUGCUGAUGAUGAGUGCCCUGAUGAUGAGGGAGACGACGAUACCGGAGAUGAAGAUGAGUGUGAGGACACAACUUCGAUCGAGGCCACACCCAGUGCCACUGCCAUUUCCCAGACUUCCAAGUCAAAGACCACCAAGACCAAAUCAUCAAAGACCUCGUCAGCCGGUUUGGCAACCCCAACCUCAAGCAUCGUGACUUCGGUUCGACCUACAUCAGCGCAGGCUACGCCCUCCUCCAUUCGCUCAUCCGUACAAGCUACACCUACCUCCUCCUCCUCUACCCCCGUUGCUACCGGCACUUGCGGAUCAGCCUCUUCCGACCAACUGGUUGGUUUCGGAAGCGGUACUACCGGUGGUGGUUCUGGCGAUGGAACCACCGUUACGUCCUGCGAUGAGUUCACAGCUGCCGUUGCUGCCGGCGGCGUCAUCAAGGUCUCUGGCACACUCACCGGCUGUGAUAUCGUCAAGCUCAGCUCUGACACCAGCAUCAUUGGUGUCGGAGCCGACGCAGGAUUCGUUGGCAGUGGCCUGAGACUCAGCGGCAUCACCAAUGUCAUCAUCCGCAACCUGAGCUUCAAGCAGUCUCCUGAGGGCAAGGAUCUCAUUGAUAUUGAGCAAUCAACUUACAUCUGGGUUGACCACUGUGACUUUUCCAACGACGGUCUGACCGGCGAUAAGGACUACUACGAUGGUAUGCUCGAUAUCAAGCGUGCUUCGGAUUUCGUCACUGUCUCCUGGUGCCACUUCCACGACCACUGGAAGGCCUCUCUGAUCGGCCACUCCGACAGCAACAGCGGCCAGGACACCGGCACCCUCCACGCCACCUACCACCACAACUACUGGUCCAACAUCAACUCCCGCACUCCCUCGAUCCGCUUCGGCACCCUCCACCUCUACUCCAGCUGCUACGAGGACGUCCCCACCUCGGGAAUCAACUCCCGCAUGGGCGCCCAGGUGCUCGUCGAGAGCACCUCCUUCACCAACGUUAAGCGUGCCAUCGUCACCAACCUCGACUCGGACGAGGACGGCUAUGCCACCUCCCGCGACAACAUCUUCAACGAGAGUGACAUCGAGAUCACCCAGGAGGGUUCGUUCGAGCCUGAAUACAGUUACACAGCCGAUCCUGCCAGCUGUAUCUGUGAGCUGCUCAAGUCCUCUGCUGGUGUCGGCAUCAUCGGAUGA